AUGUCUCAUCCAGAUCUCACUUCCUUUAAAGCGCUGUCGUUUGACGUCUAUGGCACACUUAUCAAUCAAGAGCCUGGUAUGAUCCGUGGCUUACAGCCCAUUCUAUCUCGUCUGCCAGAUGAUAGCCCCUACAAGACGAACCCCCUAUCACUUAUGCAACGACUUAGUAUGUUUUACAGGCGUCUUGCGGUUGAUGAGCCGACACUACGUUUUAACAUCAUCCUUCAACGCUCGUUCAAGAACCUGGCGGACGAAUUGGGAGUCAGUGUAUCUAAAACAGAGAUUGAAGAAAUCGGCAGCACACCCGGCUUUUGGGAGCCAUUCCCCGACACGGUCGCCGGAAUGCAAACUCUCAAGAAGUACUACAAACUCAUUGCCGUGACCAACAUGGAUAACGCCAACGCUGCGGCGACGAUGAAACGUCUUCAGCCCGCAGAGUUUGACAAAGUCUAUACUGCCGAAGACAUCGGCAGUUACAAACCUGCUAAAGCCAAUUUUGACUACUUGUUCAGUCACGUCAAGAGCGAUCUGCAAAUCAACAGAGACCAGGGAGAGUUACUUCACGUAGCUCGAAGCUUGAUCGCCGAUCAUGUCCCCGCGAAGCAACUGGGGCUCAGGAGCGUUUGGAUCUGCCGAGGCGGCGAUAAGAAGGAAUCGUACGGAACAGGCGGUGAUUAUGAGAGAUUGAAAGAGAAUGUCGCGUAUGAGUGGAAGUUUGACUCAAUCGCGGACUUUGCCGAGGAAGUAGAAAGGCAAUUCAGGGAGAAGAGUGCUUGA